CUUUAUUAAGAGAAACUAGCAAGUACUUACUGUCAUACUUUCUAUAGGACCGUAUUCUCAUUAAUAAAUAUAUCUUUAAACAAUUGGUGAAACAACUCGCUACUUUCAAUAAUGGUGUUAGCAGACCUUGGUCGUAAAAUUACAGAGGCUCUUCGAUCCUUGAGUAAUGCAACUAUUAUCAACGAAGAGGUUUUAAAUUCCUUACUUAAAGAAGUGUGCAAAGCUUUGCUUGAGGCUGAUGUGAAUGUUCAAUUGGUGAAAAAGUUGAGGGAAAAUGUUAAGUCAGCCAUAGAUUUUGAUGACAUGGCUGCUGGAUUGAACAAGAGAAGAAUGAUACAGCAUGCUGUCUUUCAAGAGUUGUGUAAGCUAGUUGAUCCUGGUGUGAAAACAUGGCAGCCACACAAAGGCAAACCUAAUAUUAUCAUGUUUGUUGGCCUUCAAGGUAGUGGAAAGACUACGACUUGUACAAAGUUGGCUUAUUACUAUCAACGAAAAGGAUGGAAAACAUGCUUAACCUGUGCCGACACUUUUCGAGCAGGUGCUUUUGACCAAUUGAAGCAAAAUGCGACAAAAGCUAGGAUUCCAUUUUAUGGAAGUUACACUGAAAUGGAUCCGGUGAUCAUUGCACAAGAAGGUGUGGAGAAGUUCAAAUCAGAGAAAUUUGAAAUAAUCAUUGUUGACACGAGUGGACGACACAAACAAGAAGAGUCUUUGUUUGAGGAAAUGUUACAAGUGUCAAAUGCUAUAGAUCCUGAUAACAUCAUAUUUGUAAUGGACGCAACGAUCGGCCAGGCUUGCGAGUCACAGGCGAGAGCUUUUAAAGAAAAGGUCGAUGUCGCCUCUGUUAUUGUCACGAAGUUAGACGGUCACGCGAAAGGCGGUGGAGCUUUAAGUGCCGUUGCUGCGACCAAGAGUCCCAUCAUAUUCAUUGGAACUGGAGAACAUAUAGACGACUUCGAGCCGUUCAAAACACGACCAUUUAUUAGCAAAUUGUUGGGAAUGGGUGACAUCGAAGGGCUUAUUGACAAGGUCAACGAGCUGAAACUGGAAGAUAACGAAGAAUUGAUUGGGAAACUAAAGCAAGGACAAUUUACUUUGAGAGACAUGUACGAGCAGUUUCAAAAUAUCAUGAAAAUGGGUCCCUUCAAUCAGAUCAUGGGUAUGAUACCUGGUUUUGGCAGCGACUUUAUGAGCAAAGGCAACGAGCAGGAAUCAAUGGCAAGACUCAAGAAACUCAUGACUAUUAUGGAUAGCAUGAAUGAUCAAGAACUCGAUAAUCUUCAGGGCUCGAAACUAUUCUCGCGUGAAAGGGGGCGUGUCGCUAGGGUCGCGCGGGGAUCUGGGACAUCCAUCCGCGAAGUCGACGAACUUUUAUCGCAGUAUAAUAAAUUUGCAGCAAUGGUGAAGAAAAUGGGUGGAAUUAAAGGAUUGUUCAAAGGUGGAGAUAUGUCGAGAAAUAUUAAUCCUUCGCAAUUCCAACGUCUCAAUCAACAAAUGGCAAGAAUGAUGGAUCCCAGAGUUCUACAACAAAUGGGUGGCAUGCAAGGUUUGCAAAGUAUGAUGCGACAAUUUCAAGGUGCUGGCGGAACGCAGGGUGGCGGUUCGGGUCAUAAUUAGGAUAUGCGGGAUAUUUCAGGAAUGAGCUGAAUGGAUGUCGAGUUAACGGUAUUGGUAAAUGACAGCAAUCAUAACAUAGGAAAUAUAAGGGUAUGUUUAUGUAAUUUCCUCUUUUGCUUAAUGACUGUACCUGAAGACAAUUCACGGCUAGUCGGUGGUCUUCAUAAGUCCGCAAACAUUCGCCUGUCUACGUACAAAAAAUACAGAUGAUAAACGCAACGGCAAACAAAAUUGAACUUGUAGUGUUGACUUUGCGUUGCUUUGGGCCUUCUUUUUGAUUUACAAACGAGGCCAGAUUGGCGUUUGUACGAAGCGUGGAUAGUGCUCUUCGUUGCAUACAGUCUUAUGAAAGUAAUUAAGGUUGCCAUAUUGUAUUCAAGAAAACAGAACUUCGUUUUCUUUGAAUUAACGUUGUAAUCUUUUGAUUGUCCAUUUUACAUCGUUGCGUUUUGUCUUUUACGAGAUAUUUCAAACAAUUGUAAGAAAAACAUAUCCAGUGAAUAGCACAAUUCAAGCUUCGAGCAAAUAUCUGUGUCCACAACAAAGGACUGAGUAUAAUUAUAAAUCCAGUAUGAAUCUAAUUUAACGUAUACAAUAACUACAUUUCGCGCGAUGUAAUUCAAUUCACUUCUAUUAAACUUGGGCUACGCUCGAGAAAACAUUACGAAAA